AUGUCUGGAGCCAACAGCUCCAGCCUGACCCCAGAAUUCUUUAUCCUCAAUGGUAUUCCUGGGCUGGAAGAUGCACAUGUCUGGAUCUCACUGCCAUUCUGCUUCAUGUACAUGAUUGCUGUGGUGGGCAACUGUGGGCUUAUCUACCUCAUUGUCCAUGAGGAGGCUCUGCACCGGCCCAUGUACUAUUUUCUAACCCUGCUCUCCUUCACUGACAUAACUUUAUGUACCACUACUGUACCCAAUAUGCUGUGUAUAUUCUGGUUCAACCUCAAGAAGAUUGGAUUUAAAGCUUGCCUGGCCCAGAUGUUCUUUGUGCAUACCUUCACAGCAACAGAGUCUGGCAUGCUAAUGCUCAUGGCCCUGGAUCGCUAUGUGGCCAUCUGCUACCCUUUGCGCUAUGGGACCAUCCUGACCAAUCCUGUGAUUGCCAAAGCUAGUCUUGCUACUUUCUUGAGGAGUGUGUCAUUCAUCCUCCCUUUUACCUUCCUCACCAAGCGCCUGCCCUAUUGCCGAGGAAACCUCAUCCCCCAUGCCUACUGUGACCACAUGUCUGUGGCUAAGAUAUCCUGUGGCAACGUCAAAGUUAAUGCAGUCUAUGGUCUGUUGGUUGCUCUUGUGGUUUGUGCAUUUGACAUAUUCUGUAUCACUGUGUCAUACACAAUGAUAUUGAGAGCAGUAAUGAACCUGUCCUCUGCUGAUGCUCGUCACAAGGCCUUCAGCACCUGCACAUCUCACAUCUGUGCUAUUGUGAUCACUUAUGUGCCUGCCUUUUUUAAUUUCUUCACUCAUCGUUUUGGAGGACACACAAUUCCACACCACAUUCACAUUAUAGUGGCUAACCUCUACCUGUUACUGCCUGCUACCAUGAACCCAAUUGUUUAUGGAGUCAAGACCAAGCAGAUUCGGGAGAGUGUGAUCAAAUUUUUUAGUGGAGACAAGAGCGGCAUUGCUGAUAUAAAAUGA